UGUGGUGGCGGGAAAACGGCUCAAGUUCGAUCUUGCCCGUGUGACGUAAGAAUUUUCAAACUUCCAAAAUGGCGGCGAAGGAUGCUGUAGCUAUCAUACUUGAUGUUGGGGUGUCCAUGAAUCAGGCCCCUCCAGGACAUGAGACCCCACUGGAGACAUCCAUUAAGGCCAUCAAUAUGAUUAUACAACGAAAGAUGUUUGCUAAUGCUAAAGAUGAAUUUGCCCUAAUUCUUUUUGGAACUGAUGGGACUGCAAAUCAUCUAAAUGAGAGUCAUGGAGGCUAUGAGAAUAUAACAGUUGCUAAGGAACUAGGACCUCCUGACUUGGAGCUGUUGAGAUUCCUUCACAAUAAUAUAACAUCAGGAUCUCAAGAAACAGACUUCAUUGAUGCUGUUGUUGUUGCUAUGGAUUUGUUGAGAGAAAGAACAAGGGGCAAGAAAGUUGAAAAAAAGAUCUACCUGUUCACAGACCUAGGCUCCCCUUUUGGUAAAGAUCAACUUGAUUUAAUCAUCAAUGGACUCAAAGAAAUGGAAGCAGAGUUUAUUCUAGUGGGACCUGAUUUGUAUGAUGACGACGAUGAUAAUAGUGAUAAUGCACGAGGAGAAGACACUAAUGGAAAUCAACCCUCUACAUCUCGUGGAAACGGCACACACCCACCUAGAAAACCUAAGACACCACAACAGCUUGCUGGUGAAGAAUGCAUAAAACAUGUUUUGGAGGAAGUUGAUGGGCAAACAUACUCAUUCAGUUGUGUGCUACCAAUGCUAAGUUUCUUUGAGUGCCGAAGAAUCAAACAGACCACGGUUUUCCGAGGUCCAUUAGAGAUUGGUACGACACUCAAGAUCAACGUUUAUGCUUACAAUAGAGUGAGGGAAGAAAAACUGGCUUCAUGGAAGAAGUUGUCAGCAAUUUCACAAGCCUCGGCAAACCCUGAUAGUAUGGAAGUUAAAAUGGAAAGAUCCUAUCACUUGAAUGAUGAAGACCAGACUGAAGUUCAAAAAGAUGAUGUUGCACAAGGCUAUCGAUAUGGUAAAACCAUUGUGCCUUUGACCAAAAUUGACAAGGACAGCAUGAAGUUAACAACUGAAAAGUGUCUGUCUGUCCUUGGAUUCACCUCACUUGAUAAUAUCAAGAGGUAUCAGUUUAUUGGUGAAAAUGUUGUGGCAUUCACAGCCCAGCCAGAAGAUGUGCAUGCAGGCGUAGCUUUAUCAGCAUUCAUUAAUGGCAUGUAUGAAUCAGAUACUGUUGCCAUCGUAAGGUAUUGUUUCAGGAAGAAUGCAGCACCAAAGCUUGGCUUCCUGUCACCACACAUCAAGAAAGAUUAUGAGUGCUUGUUAUUCACUGCAUUGCCAUUCAUGGAAGACAUAAGACAGUUUGGUUUUGGAUCUUUGGAUGCGAACAAGAAACUGGUGCCUUCAGACGAACAGCUACAGGCAAUUGAUAAUCUAGUAACAGCAAUGGAUUUGACCAAAGCAAUCAGACAUGAGAAUGGUGACUACGAAGAGGCAUUGAAGCCUAAGUGUACGUUUAACCCAACAAGACAACGAGUAUUUCAGUGCAUCCAGCAUCGUGCGCUUAACCCUGACGAUCACGAUUUACCAGAACUGGAACCUGUUAUCGCAAGCUAUAUUGAGCCUAGUCCUGAGUUCAAAGCUAAGUGUUCAACACAGUGUCUCAAGGUCAAGGAUUUGUUCCGGUUGGAAAAGAUAGAGAAAAAGAAGACGCAACAAGCUGCAGAGAACAUCUUUAAAGCCAGUGUGGAUAAUGACUUGACAACAGAACCGGCAGCAAAGAGACAGAGAACAGAAGAUGCUGCUGAUGAAACAGACUUCAGUAUGGCGGCACAAGCUAAAGGCAAGGUUACGGAGGUCGGUACCGUGGAACCAGUGGCAGAUUUCAAGGAGCUUAUCAGUCGUAAAGAUGUAGAUCAGUUCGAUGAAGCCGCAAAGCAAAUGAAAGAUCGUAUCGUACAACUGAUCAUGGAUUCUUUUGGCGACCAAUUUUACCCCAAAGCAAUGGAUUGUGUCGUAGCAUUAAGACAAGAGUCAAUCAAGGCAGGGGAAGCAGAGAUGUUCAAUGAUUUUCUACGUGAUCUAAAGUCAAAAAUCUUCAAUCAGAGAGGGCAUGGAUUUUGGUUACGCCUUGUUAAAGAUCAUCUCACGCUGAUCAACAAAGACGAAUCUCCAGACAGUAGUCUGACCAAAGAUGAUGCAACCAAGUUUCUGGACGAAGUUACAACUGAGGAAGUUGAAGAACCUCAGGAAGAAGAAAUGGAUGAUGCGGAUGACCUGCUUGCCAUGAUGGACUAGCCUCUUUCACCGUGACAAAAGGUCCUUGCAUGACUUGGCAAUGAGAUGGUUGUGUCAAUGGUGUAUUUAUGGAAAAUAUAUAAAUAUGUAUUAGGAAAACUUUAUUCACUUUUAUGACAAAUGCAUAAAGAUAGAGAUGUAAUAAUGCACAGAAGAAAUCUAAGUGUUUUUCAUUCCUUUUAAAAGUUAUUCUCACAAGCAAAGAUAAUAAAAAUUCAUGUUUGGUCAUGGCUAGAUAAGAAACUCUUAUAAGAAACGACGAUGUGUUAGUAUUCAAUAUGGCGGCUAAAAACUUAUUGGAAAACAGCUCUUAUUUUAAUAAGCCAGUUCGUAGUUUAAAAAUCGUGCGCAUGCGAUUUUAUCCCGAAUUUCUCACAAAAAAGAUUUUAAAAAAGGUGAUGCGCACUGGAAACAAUUCUUAUACUACGAACUUGCUUAUUCAGAUUAUCUGUCAUUUGUUUUGGAACCAGCUGAACGGUGGAUUUUGUUUCAGCCAAUCACAGCGCGUUCAGCUGUUUUGCCUCCAGCCUUCAUUAUCUGGCUACUGUUACCGAACUUUUCUGUAUUCUUUCAACUAAAAUAUGAUAUACAUGCCUUCAACAAGAAGAAAAAAAUAUCGAAAGAAAGAAUAAAGACAAUUUCACAUUA